CUCACAUCGCAAAUAAGUUGCCACCGUCGCCAUGGUUGCGGACGAUAGAGGUUUUGAUCAACCAAGCAAAGCGGUAUAAGCAUGUGCGUGAGUGAUCUUUCCAAAUGGAGGCUUGCAAUUGCAUCUGGCGGUCGUUGAAACACUAUAAUUCCGAAUUAUACCAGACUUUAUUGCUAAAUCGCUGAUGCGGAUUCAUGCUACAGAAGUUGCUUAAUUUCUCCCUCGUUCUCUCAUCCGUGGGCCGUUUUCAAUGCUAUCGUGAGUGUAUAAUUUCCUUUUGUUGGUGAAGAUGCUGCCAACCACUACAGGAUUUUCUUAUUAGCAGGUGACUAGAGGAACCUAGAAUGGCUCUGCCUCUGGCCACUCUCCAACUCCCCCCACCCGCAAAACUUCAUGAAAAUCAUCCGUCCCAUCAAUUGCCACCAAGUUUGGUCUCCGUCACAGGCUCCCUCCCUCUCCAGAACUUCACCACACCGUUCCAACUCAAGCAGCUCCAUGCCCAAAUUGUGAAACAGAACGUCGACCCUUCCAUUCUUUCGUUCUCUAAAGUUGCCCAAGUCUGCGGUUUGUCUCCGGACUUUGGCUACGGACGCCAGCUUCUACAGUUCUCGGACAGAUUGGAGAUAGUUAUAUGGAACUCCUGGAUCAGGAAGCUCGCCGAGAGCGACUCACCGGCAGAUGCGAUCAUUUUGUUUCGCAAAUUGCGGUACGCCGAUGUGCCUCCCGACACCCUCACUUGUUCGUUCGUGCUCAAGGCGUGUUCUCGUGUUCCGUCACUUGAAGACGGUAUGAUGGUCCAUUCCUUGGCGGCGAAACAAGGGUGGGUCGCGGAUGUGUUUUUGCAGAACACCAUCAUUCAUAUGUAUGCUUCUUGUGGUAGUCUAAGUUCUGCGUACCAAUUGUUUGCUAAAACGUCCAAGAGAGAUGUCGUGACUUGGAAUAUCAUGAUAACCCAAUUUGCUAAACAGGGACAAGUUGAUAUUGCAAGAAAACUGUUUGAUGAAAUGCCAGAAAGAAGCACCAGGUCGUGGACGUCAAUGAUUACGGGUUAUGUGCAGUGUGGGAGGCCCAAUGAGGCGAUCAGUGUCUUUCGGAGCAUGGAAGAGGCAAAUGUGAAACCGAAUGAAGUUACUGUUGUUAGCGUUCUUGCAGCUUGUGCUGACGUUGGUGCGCUUGAUCUUGGCCAGCGGAUUCACGCCUAUGCAAAGGAAAAUCAUUUUCGUCACAAUGUUCGCGUCUGCAACACAUUGAUAGACAUGUACACAAAAUGCGGGUGCAUUGAAGAAGCAAGAAUGGUUUUUGACGAAAUUCCUGAAAGAACAGUUGUAUCAUGGUCUGCCAUGAUAAUGGGACAUGCCAUUCAUGGUCAGAGUGAGGAAGCUCUUUCUCUCUUCUCUAAGAUGCAAAAACGAGGAAUUGAUCCAAAUGCUGUCACCUUUAUUGGCCUAUUACACGCUUGUAGCCAUAUGGGUAUGGUUGCUGAGGGUUGCCGGUUUUUCAACAGCAUGGUUAAUGACUACCGCAUAGUCCCUCAGAUUGAGCAUUAUGGGUGUAUGGUUGAUCUUCUAAGCCGAGCAGGACUUCUGAAAGAAGCUUAUGAGUUCAUCAAGAACAUGCCAAUAGAACCAAGUGGUGCUGUGUGGGGAGCUCUCUUGGGUGGUUGUAGAGUUCACAAGAGUGUUGAGUUGGGAGAGGAAGUGAUCAAGCACCUACUUGAGAUAGAACCUCACAAUGAUGGAUACUAUGUCGUACUCUCAAACAUCUAUGCUGAGGCAGGUAGAUGGGGUGAUGUAGCGAAGGUGAGAAGAUUGAUGAAAGAUCGUGGCAUUAAGAAAACACCAGGGUGUAGCUUUAUCACCAUAGAUGGAGUGACUCACGAGUUCGUUGCAGGUGAUGGCUCACAUCCUCAUGCAAAAGAGGUGCAAGAAAAAUGGCAUGAACUUGCAGAACAAUUGAAGUUGAUGGGCUAUGUUCCUGAAACCUCUGCGGUAUUGCUAGACAUAGCUGAGGAAGAGAAAGAACAUGCUCUGUAUCGCCACAGUGAGAAACUAGCAGUGGUCUUUGGACUCAUGAAAACCUCGCCUGGAACACCUAUCAGGAUCAUGAAGAACCUAAGGGUCUGUGCUGAUUGCCAUCUUGCGCUAAAACUGAUCUCCAAGUUUUCUAAUCGUGAGAUCAUUGUGCGUGAUAGGAGUCGCUUCCAUCGUUUUGUAGACGGCUCUUGUUCUUGCAAGGACUACUGGUGACAUCACUGAUGUUUUUCGCUUCAUAGGAGUCAAUAACUCAAGAAAGCUGUUAUUCAAACAUAACAGUUUGUGAA